UGAUUUCCGGUGACGAAAUUCAGAAAUUUGUUCGAUCUUCAACACAUUAAAAUGGCACCAGUUGAGCCAGGAGUAGUAUAUUUAUGCUUACUUGCUGUUGUUACAGUCACGAUAUUGUUAGUUUCAAUAUUCUGCAAGGAAAAGAAAGGAAAAAAAGAUGAACCAGCUGCAGCAAGACGAAAUAUUGCAGAGAGGCAACCAGUUGAUAAUGUUCCAAGAGGAGCACGUCAGCGUGUGAGACCAAGAGGAAGAAGAAUGAUGAACAGGGACGAUGAUUCUGCGGAAGGUAGUGAAGGAGAUGAAGAAGACAUGUUUGGCAAUACAGAGAGAGACGGAAAAAUUGGAGCAAAAAAGCAAAAAAAAUUAGAGGAGAAGGCUGAAAAGAAAGCUAAUAGAAUAGCAGUAGAACAAGAAAGAGAAGAUAAGAAAAAAAGAGAUGCACUGUUAGAAAAACAAAGACUGAAGGAAGAAGAAAUACAAAAAGCCCAAGAUGAGGAGGAGGCAAAACAAGAGCAGCUUAGAAAAGAGGAAGAAGAAAAACGGGAACAUGAAGAAUAUUUAAAAUUGAAAGCAGCUUUUACUGUUGAUGACGAAGGAGAAGAAGAUAUAGGGCCAGAUCUAUCGUCACAAUCUCUGUUACAAGAAUUUAUAGAUUAUAUAAAGGAAAUGAAAGUUAUCAUGUUAGAAGAUUUAGCCUCUCACUUUAAAAUCAAAACACAGGAUGCAAUCAAUCGAGUUCAGGAAUUACAAGAAGAAGGACGUUUAACUGGAGUUAUUGAUGACAGAGGAAAAUUUAUUUAUAUAACAAUGGAGGAACUAGAAUCUGUGGCUAAAUACAUUAAACAGCAUGGCCGUGUAUCAAUAUCAGAUCUGGCUGAGUCUAGCAACAGACUGAUUAACCUUAAUCCAGACAAUAGUGAGGUCCAAAUCAAACUUAUGUCAGAAGUUUCAGGAUAAAUGGUUAAAAGACAAUGUUGUUUAUUUAAGCCUAUGAAAUUCACUUUAUUUGAUUCAUGAAUAUGAUUUGUGAUUGCAAAUAUGUGCAUACUAUCAUAAUGCCUGUAAUUAUGGUUUGCAAUAGAAAACUA